GGAGCCAUGACGCGGCUGACGCUGGAGCAGACGGCGAGGGAGGCGGCGCCUGCCGGCUGCCUGGCCACGUUCCUAGACCUCUCCCACCGCUCCUUCUCCGACGUGUCGUGCCUAGGAAACUUCAAGAACCUGGAGCGCCUCGACCUCGGCCACAACUGCCUCGUCACGCUCGAGGGCCUGUCCUCGUGCACCAACCUGAAGUGGCUUUCGGUUAUCGAGAACAAGCUCGUGAGCUUGGAAGGCGUGGAAGCCCUCUCAAAGCUGCAGGUACUGAAUGCUGGCAAAAAUAAAUUGACCAAAAUCGACGAGGUCAGAUCUUUGACAAGCCUCGGAGCGUUGAUUCUGAACGAUAACAACAUUUCUUCCAUCUGCAAGCUUGAUCCCCAUCAUCAGUUGAAUACUCUUGUUCUCUCGAAGAAUCCAAUCGUUACUAUUGGUGAUGCUUUGGUCAAUGCAAAGUCUAUCAAAAAGAUAUCCAUGUCUCACUGUCAGAUAGAGAGUAUUGGAUCUUCUCUUGCUGCAUGUGUGGAAUUGAAGGAACUUAGGCUUGCUCACAAUCAGAUCACUACAAUUCCAAUGGACUUGGCCAAAAAUACCAAACUCUUGAACCUUGACUUGGGAAAUAACUUAAUUGAGAGGGUGACAGAUUUGAAGGUCCUUUCGGAACUACGCUACUUGAGGAACCUAAAUCUGCAGGGAAAUCCUAUUGCAGAGAAAGAUGGUCUAGCUAAAAAGGUCAUGAAAAUUGUGCCGACCGUACGCAUAUUCAACGCAAAGCCCAUAGAAGCCAGCUCCCAGAAUGAUAACUCUAAGAAAGUGGGUAUGCUGAACAAGGAUGAAGAUAUGCUUGCUCAUGAUCCCAAAGAUGUGAAAAAGAACGAUAAAAGAAAACGGUCAAAACAACAAGUGCAGAGCCCUGAAAAACCUGCAGCCAAAGAUACUCCUCCAGAUGUCACCAUUGCCACCCCAGUUAAAUCUGGACUACUGGAUAGUAAGAAAAAGAAAAAGGAGAAGGUAGUCCUAGAGCAUGACAAGAACAUUAAACCAAAAGGCAAGGAUGAUAAAGCUCCUUCCGAUGAUACUGACAGGAAGGCCAAGAAGGAAUCCAAGAAGAAGAAACUUGUCAACAAAGAUAAAGAUGUGGACGGAAUGGAUGACACCGAAGUGUCAUUUGCAGACUUUGUGUUUUCGAGAGAGGCUGCCCGUCCAGAGCCUGCGCUGGAGGAGAAAACCCAGGGAAUUGCUCCCGGUGGGAAAUUUGUCGGAGGCCUGGUGAUUGAUCACACCAAGAAGAGGAAGAAGUCGCAAGGGACGUUUCUUGAUGCGUCGGAUCUUAAGCUGCUUUCCUCUGUGCCUGAGGUGGGUGUGGGUGGACUGUCUGGGUGGGAUUAGUCGUAAUGCCUAGUGGGCUUGACAAGUGAUCUAUGCCUCGCCAUUAGUGUUACUAAAACCCUGCUCUAGGGUCUCAUUGCAAUGUGCCCCAUUGUCUGAAUUUCUUUCUAAAUUUCUUUGGCACCGGAAAUAUGUAACCAGACUUGAAAAUGUUGUUUGUUACAGAUCUAUGAGACUUGAGAUGGUUAGAAACA